AUGAAGUGGUUAUCGUUGUUCUUCGUUUUUGGUCUGCUCGCCUUGAUCGGUAGCAUGGGUUCGUUAGCCGCUGCCGAGCCACAUCCUGAGCCUCGUGGACGUCCGGCCACUACCACACGACGUCCACCCACUACAGAUACCAAUGAAGCCGGUGAACGACGCUAGCUGCCGGAGGAUGUGGAUGA